AUGGCUACGAGUGCUGUUCCAAGUGAAAACCUGCCCACAUAUAAACUGGUGGUGGUUGGGGACGGUGGCGUGGGGAAGAGUGCUCUCACCAUUCAGUUCUUCCAGAAGAUUUUUGUGCCAGACUAUGACCCAACCAUUGAGGAUUCCUACCUGAAACACACGGAAAUAGAUGGCCAGUGGGCAAUUCUUGAUGUCCUAGACACUGCGGGACAAGAGGAGUUCAGUGCUAUGCGGGAGCAAUACAUGCGGACGGGGGACGGGUUCCUUAUAGUCUAUUCAGUCACGGACAAAGCCAGCUUUGAACACGUGGACAGGUUCCACCAACUGAUCCUCCGAGUCAAAGACAGAGAGUCUUUUCCAAUGAUAUUGGUGGCCAACAAAGUUGAUCUAAUGCAUUUGCGGAAAAUCACUCGGGAACAAGGAAGAGAAAUGGCAACUAAACAUAACAUCCCGUACAUAGAAACUAGUGCGAAGGACCCACCUCUGAAUGUUGAUAAAGCCUUCCAUGAUCUUGUUAGAGUAAUCAGGCAACAGAUCCCAGAGAAAAGCCAGAAGAAGAAGAAGAAGACCAAAUGGCGAGGAGACAGAGCGACCGGCUCCCACAAACUGCAGUGUGUGAUUUUGUGA